AUGCACUACUGUAGAUCCAUCAUUGAUCCCCAGUCGCGACCUCAAAGCGUUGGUCCCGAAGAGCACCUUUACAGGACCUCGUCGACAUCGCAACGUAUUCUAGACAUAGAAACCAAGUCUGUCGCGGUCUCAUCGCCAAGAUCUCACUGCGUCACCAUCACGAACACGGUCAACCGCGCAUCGGACAGACGUACUUCACAAGAUGUCCACAGGCGAAACUCAUCAAGUGAUCACGAUCCGUCGGCCCGAUGA